AUGUCCUCUCGCUCAAUUACUCCUUUAAGUGAUGUUCCUUUGUCCCGUCGUGUUGUAAUUACUAAUUCUAGGGGUAGAAUUAUUUCUGUUGUCUCAGAGAACUUUCUCGGUGAUGGUACUUCUUCCCCUGCUUCUUCGGGUACUGAAUAUAUUCCUUCCUCUGAACCCCCUGAAGAUGCCCAGUCUGAGGUUCCUUCUGAAGUUUCUACUAUAGAAGCUUCAUCAUUCUCUACCCAUGUUGCUCCUAGAGGUCGUAAGGAUAUCUUGUAUCCUUCAAGGUUACCUAUUCCUUCUCAAGUUGUUUUUUCUUCAAGACUUUUCCUUUGUCCUAGUUGUGUCGGUCGCUUUGCUGAAACUGAUCGACUUAGAGAAAUUAUUGAAAGUGGUUCUUCCGGUUCUCAUUGUAGAAGAUGUUGGUUUGACAAUGAGACUUUUAGAGUUAUAAGGACGAUGAUCUGUGGUGUUCUUCCUAAUCCUCCAGAGAACCGUUCAGCUUCUAAUUAU